AUGUCGUACUACAGAGCACAUACCCCACGACACUCAGCUCUAUCUCGACGUUCACACAGUAACUAA